CUCACGACUAUCCGAGCGGAUUGUUUGUUGAAAAGGCGGGAAUUGAGAUUUGUUUGGUUGGGGAUUCUUUAGGCAUGGUUGCAUUGGGUCACCAAGCUACCAAUCCCCUCACCAUGGAGGAAAUGCUACAUCAUUGUAGGGCAGUUGCGAGGGGUGCAAAAUCACCAUUUUUGAUUGGUGACAUGCCAUUUGGCAGUUAUGAAACGAGUCCGACAGACGCAUUAAGGAAUGCAAUCAGGUUUAUAAAGGAGGGAAAUAUGGAGGGCGUAAAAAUCGAAGGGGGUGUUGAAAUGUCCGAGACCGUAAAAAAAAUCACAACCACUGGUAUACCGGUGUUAGGACACGUAGGUUUGAUGCCACAACGUCAAAGUUCUUUGGGUGGAUAUCGCGUUCAAGGAAAAACCGCAAAAAAG